GGUAUCGGGCCUCAACGAAGCAACUUUGGGAUUCAUCGUAGCGACGUGUCUGAUAACUCCACUGCUGCGCAUCAAUCGGAGCUGUUACAACGCGUACUGCGAGACUCUAACACAAGGAUUCCACGAGCCAUGGAAAACAAUGACGAGGACGAUGCGUUAAAACGAAUUUGUCAUACUGCACCUUGUGGUUGGUUGGUCUACAAACCACACACACGUGACGAGGUUGACUUUAUGAGAAGCCCUUGCGUGUGCCCGAAUGGAAGCUACAAGUGUGUGCGCGUGGGGGAUAAUUUGUCCGUAAACGCGUACGUGUACCGCUGUCGCCAAAACACAACGGCAAAUGACAUCGAAGCUCCCAACAAGACAACAACCUAAGCAAAGAGGUAUUUCUAGCUCCGCCAUAAGCGUGAAAAAGCGACAAAAUUGAAUAAAAAAAUAAAAUAAGGCAGAAAUUAGUGAUUAUUAAAAUAGAUUUUGUUAUAAGUGCUGCGUGAAUCCCAGCACUCUAUCGCGAUCUUUCGUCUUUUUAUAAAUAAUCACAAAAAAAAGAAGUAACGUAGCAAUUUUAUUUUGAAGGCAAUUAAAAUACUUGAAAAUUAAAAUUUUAACUAUAUAUAGAUUGAUAUCAAAGAAAUGUCGUUUAGAAAGUUGUUAAGUAAAAUCAAAAUAUUUAAGAUAGACUCGGCAAUAUUAAAAUUAGAGAAUAAAACGUAGGAAAUGCGAGUCAAACGCGAAAGUUAUUAAGUGUUAUGAGAAAGAAUUGUUUUAAGCAACAAAAUACAUAGUUAUAUAAUUAAAGUUUGUAACUAUUUUAUCUUUAUCUGAUAACAAGAUUCAAAUGACGGUAGAUGAUAAUAGAGUACCUACUUGUAGCCAAGAAGGAAUUUUAUUGCAAUGGCCGAUAACGAAGAAAUCUAUGAUUGAUGCAAAUUGCUUUAUGCUUUUAUGAGAGAAAAAAAACCAAUAAUUUGAAAGAAGAAUUGUGUGAAUUCUAAAAUUUAUUAAUUAAAUUUUGAAAGACAUUGUUUAUA